ACACACACACUGUGUUUAACCUAAUGAAUUCAUGCAUUGCCAGAGUGAGGAGCAUCCCUAUAAUGUACUGAACUGAUCCAUGCCUGAAUUCUACACUUACCAUUUACUCCAGGGACAGCAAAACUUUGACUGCACUGAGACCAAAGUGCCUUUCUUUGCUUCGGCUCAGCAGCUAUUUGAGCCCCACUUUUGAAGGGAAAUCUUCAACUGCAAGAACCGAUGUGGCUACCUGCUGGCCUGAUCACUGAAUGAGCAGUUUCCUGUCGUCUCUUUCUUCAUACAAAGGAGCCUGCUAUGUUCUUGUCUUUGCAUUGUGAAGGGAAGUUUUGCGACAGUCACUUCCUCUAGUGCAUCCAAAUCUUCAGUGCCAGAUUAUUGUGCUGUGAAGAGGAUAUUCCAAAGUACUGGGUUGACUAACAAGAAUUUAAGAUGGAAGAUACCUGGACAUUUGAUGGGAAUUUGUAUGAGCUCUUUGGAAAUUAUAAUUAUGUUUAUGAAAAUACAAUCGAUCCUAGCGGUGUGUCAGAACCCUGCAGAGCUGAGGCUGCAUCGCCUGUGAUCAGGUACUUUGUGGCCUUCCUCUAUUGCCUGGUGUGCUUACUCAGCCUGAUAGGGAAUGCCUUGGUGGUUUUGGUGGUUGCCUACAACAAACGGAAUCGGUCUGUGACUGACGUGUACCUCCUGAACCUAGCCAUUGCCGACCUCCUCUUUGCCCUCACCUUGCCCAUCUGGGCUGUCUUCCGUGCUCAUGAGUGGAUCUUUGGCACUGGCAUGUGUAAAUUCACUUCUGUCCUGAAGGAAGUCAAUUUCUACAGCGGAGUCCUCCUGUUGGCUUUCAUCAGUGUUGAUCGCUACCUGGCAAUAGUGUAUGCUACCCGUCAUGCAACUGAAAAGAGGCACUGGGUUAAAUUUGUCUGUGUUGGCAUCUGGGUGUUCUCUCUUCUCCUUUCACUGCCUAUGAUUACCUACCGUGAAGUUUUCUAUGCACCUAAUUCCUCUUUGAGAGUUUGUUAUGAGAAUAUUGGAGGCAAUGAAACAUCUAAAUGGAGAGUGGUGCUGAGAAUCUUGCCUCAAACAUUUGGCUUCCUUGUGCCUUUGGCCAUCAUGCUUUUUUGCUAUGGGGUAACGGUGCAUAGACUCUUUCAAAUGAAGAACAAUCAAAAAAAGAAAGCUAUGAAAGUCAUCCUGGUUGUGGUGCUGGUCUUCCUCUUUUGUUGGCUGCCUUACAACAUCACCCUAUUUGCUGAUACCUUGAUGAGGACUGGGGUUAUUACUGAGGAGUGUAAACGCCGUGGUAUCAUUGAUGCUGGUCUUUCAGGCACAGAGAUCCUGGGGUUUUCUCACAGCUGUAUGAAUCCCAUCAUCUAUGCCUUUAUAGGGCAGAAGUUCCGGAAUAACUUCCUCAAGAUCCUGGUUGAGAGAGGCAUCAUCAGUAAAGAAGUCCUGAUUCGGUAUCGGAAAGGCUCUUCCUUCUCAUCUACAUCUGGCAACACCUCCACAACUCUAUAAUGCCCAUUCUAUGAAGAUGGGAAAGGAAAGAAUAGAGCUGAAGACACUGUCCAGCAAGUGCUUUGAGACUGAGAUCAAGAUCGUAUAAUUGAGAAGCUUCAUCUUAACCUUAAUUUGACAUUUGUAAUAAAUCAUUGUAUAAUUUUAUGAGCAGCUAAAAAUUGUUUUUAAACACCAAUAGAAAUGAAAUAUUUUAAGAUGUCCAUACAAGAUUGAUAUAUUUUGUAUAAGCUUUACACGUCACUAAAUGUUACACCUUUUAACAUUCAGGCAACAAAGGAGGACUUCAUAUGUUGGAUGUUUCCUGUAUAGAAAGUGUACCCUUGUAGGGGACAGGUGAAAUUCUAAUGCAGAAUACUGUAUACUGUAUACUGUAGACUGUCACACAUCUAUCCUUUCUCAAUGCUUCUUUAUAGCAGGAUGUUGUUGUCUUUUGCUGUUUUUAAGCAUGUUAACAUGUUAUUAGCGGAUAAAAUGCAUCUGUGUAAUACCAUGCAUGAAACCUGCAGAUCUUCUUUAAGGUGUUUUCUUUAUGGAAAGAUUUUUUUAAAAAGGGGGUUCCUGAGCCAUUUACAGUGCAAUCAUACAUACCCACUAAGAAAUACUUCCCUUAGCUAAGUGUACAUUCAGGCAAAUAGAUAUACGAGAUAGGCAGCCUGGUUUUUUUUUUUUUUAAGGAAAACUCCUGUGCUUUUACUGAAAUUUGUUUGCACAGGAAUGUCUGAAGUUAAUGGGCCAGCUUUCUAUGAGAUUAAUAUAGGUAGUUUCAAGAUGGGUAGAAAAAGAGAUAGAUGCAUAAUUUGCCUUUAGUCAUUUUUAACUAGCUAUGAGAAGCCUUGGCUUUGCUAGCUGUGUAUCAACUAGUCAUACUAGUUGUGCUAGUUCUCAAAUUUAUGUGCUGAUAUAUAUAUAUAUAUAUAUAUAUAUAUAUAUAUAUAUAUAUAUAUAUAUAUUUGUUGAGCAUGAAUAGCAGCAUGUCUUCUAUUACCAAAAAGAAGUGUGAUGAGUAGUUUUCUUUUAGCUAGGAAUUAUGUCUGUCAGUACUUUGAUUUUUUUUCAUAUCAGGAGCAACUUGAGAAACUGCAAGUUGCUUCUGGUGUGAGAGAAUUGGCCAUCUGCAAGGAUGUUGCCCAGAGGACGUCUGGAUGUUUUGAUGUUUUUACCAUCCUUGUGGGAGGGUUCUCUCCUGUCCCUGCAUGGGGAGCUGGAGCUGACAGAGAGAACCAGCAACCUUCAGGUCAACAACCCAGCCUUCAAGUCAGCAAUCCUGCCAGCACAAGGGUUUAAUCCACUGCUCCACCGGGGGCUCCACUUUGAUGAAGAAAGUUUAGAUAAUAGAAACAGCUCUUUUGUCCCACAUGAACUAAUUGUUUUGGUGAAUAUAGUAUCUCUUUGUCUAGCACUUGUUUUUCACACAUGUACCAAUAUUGCUGCAUUGCUGUAGAGAUUUUUGACAUGAGAAAAUUCACUCUCCCAUGGUUAUAUGCAUUGCUGUUCAAAAUCCAAUCAAGGUAUGAACUGCAAUUCCAAUAAACGUUUAUAUAGAGGGAUCAUGUUGAUACUUUCAAUCAUCUAUGGUAAAAAUGAUAAUUGUUAAUUUUUCAUAUCAUAAAAAUGGUCUAGAAAAUAUUAUUGGCUUCAAACUGAAUUUCAAUAAUAAUCCUAUUUGCAUAAAAUGGAGUGAUAUAGGAUAACCAGUACAGUAGAGUCUCGCUUAUCCAAGCUCCACUUAUCCAAGGUGCUGUAUUAUCCAACAUAGUUUGCCUUUUAGUAGUAAAUGUUUUUGUAGUCAAUUUUUCAAUAAAUUGCAAAAUUUUGGUGCUAAAUUCAUAAAUACAAUAAUUAUUACAUAACGUUAUCGUGUACUGAACUGCUUUUUCUAUCCAUUUGUUGUAAAGCAUGAUGUUUUGGUGCUUAAUUUGUAAAAUCAUAGCAUAAUUUGAUGUUUAAUAGGCAUUUCCUUAAUCCCUCCUUAUUAUUCAACAUUUUCGCUUAUACAAUGUUCUGCCAGCCCGUUUAUGUUGGAUAAGUGAGACUCUACUGUACUUUCAAUUAUAUCAAAUCAAUUGAAGUGGAAGAAUAUUUAAGUAAAGCAACAAGCAUUUUGAUUCAUAGUACUGUGGAUGAAAGGCUUAAGUAUCCUAAAGGUACCAUAUGUGAAGUCUUGGCUCUGCCUUUUACUCUCCUUUGCUUUUGUUCCCCCUGUUUAUAGGUUUUCCCAAUAGUGUAGCUACCUCAUUUUGUAUUAGUUUUGGGUGGAGCAUAUAAUCCCCCUAGAGGCCAGCCUUAGUUGGUCUAUUCCAUUUGCCUGUAUAGAGCUCCUUUGCUAGACUCCUCCUUUUUUCUGCAGUAGAGCUACAGAGACUUGAGGCCUGAUCAUUGUCUGUAGUAUUCAUAUACAGUAGAGUCUCACUUAUCCAAGCUAAAUGGGCCAGCAGGAGCUUGGAUAAGCGAAUAUCUUGGACAAUAAGGAGGGAUUAAGGAAAAGCCUAUUAAACAUCAAAUUAGGUUAUGAUUUUACAAAUUAAGCACCAAAACAUCAUGUUAUACAACAAAUUUGACAGAAAAAUACAAUACGCAGUAAUGUUAUGUUAUAAUUACUGCAUUUACGAAUUUAGCACCAAAAUAUCACGAUAUAUUGAAAACAUUGACUAUAAAAAUGGCUUGGAUUAUCCAGAGGCUUGGAUAAGCGAGGCUUGGAUUAGUGAGACUCUACUGUACCACCAGUCCCAAAGACAACAGAAGCUUUUGGUCAGCCUAAGUUUCACAAAGAAGAUCGAGACAUCUUUAUAAGUACCAGCAUGUAAACCAUAGCUUUGCAUCAGAGGCAAAAGACUUUAAAAAAUCCCAGAGAGAUGACUGCAACCAGCAAAAUCUCCCUUCGUAAUGUAUUGUUUUAAUCUAUCUUUCAAUAGCCCCAGAAGGAUUUAACCCUUUAUUCAUCUUGUUUUCAGUAAACUCAUUUGGUUAUCUUUUCUCCUUGCUUGAAGUGCCUCUGUAUGUUAGGGGUCUUGAUUUUAACAGAAGGUAUACAGUAAAGACAGACAUUAUAGUUUUCCCAAAGGCUUGGGAAAACACCAUAUCUCAUCUAAUCUUGGAAGCUAAGUGGUGUCAGCCCUGGUUUGUACUCGGAUGGAGGACCACCAAGAGAAUAAGAGAUAUGGUUCUGUUUUAUAGGAAAAAAACCUCAGAGACAAGAUUUGGUUUUAUAUCCAUUCUCCCCUGCCCCCUCCCCUUUCAUAGCAUUCCCUGAGCUAUGUUUGGCUGACACUAUCCGUGCUUGCUAGCUUUUACCAGGCUUUCCCAACUUCACACUUCAAACUAGCCUACUUGCUGCUGGGCAAAACGUACAUGCAGAGUAAUUUGCACACAACCCUGUCUUCUGGUUUGGAGAAACAAGGCUCUAAAAUUUCCCCAUUGAUGCCAAUGGACCGAAUCUUAC